AUGGUCAAGAGAAAACUUUAUUUUUGGAUAUUUUGUUUUGGGUUUUAUGAAAAUAUUUGCAAUUCUUGUGAGUCAUGUUCUCAGAUGAUGAUGAUGAUGAUGAUCAUGACAGAAUACAUCUCACGAUCUUAUCAGAACAAAUAUGAAUUGAAAUGGACAAAUACGUCGAGUUUGGUAUCCAGCAGCGGAACUGAAAUUUCAAAUGAUGCUUUACAAAAAUGCAAACACAACACCGUCGUCAUCGCCCAAUUGCCUCAUGGAGUGGCGAAAAAAAACCAACGUCUUAGCAUUGAAACAUCAAACAUGAUUUUCUCGUCGAUUUCCGCUUUCGUGUUAAGACUUUAA